UAUACAGACCAUCAAUAUGAAUUGAAGUAAUGUGUCAAUUAUAUUAAUGAAUAUUAUCUCAACCGACAUUAAUCACUUAUGUUCAAUGCAUGCAACUUGCAGUCUGUUCCAGUCUACCUGUCCGAAAUGGCCCCAGCAAAAUUCAGAGGAGCACUCAAUAUCGGGUUCCAAGUCGCCAUCACAAUCGGCAUUCUUGUCGCGAAUUUCGUCAACUACGGAACUGCAGAGAUCAAGGGUGGAUGGGGUUGGAGAAUUUCCUUGGCUCUUGCAGGGGUCCCUGCCCUGUUCAUGACCAUCGGAUCUAUCUUCCUUCCGGACACUCCCAAUUCCAUCAUUGAGCGAGGCCACCAUGAGGAGGCCAAGCGCAUGUUGCAAAAGAUCCGUGGCUCCGAAGAGGUUGAUGCGGAGUUUGGGGACCUAAUUGCAGCAAGCGAAGCUGCCAAGAAGGUCCAACAACCGUGGAGGAACAUGUUCCUCCCAAGAUACAGACCCCAACUCGUCAUCUGCUCUCUCAUCCCAUUCUUCCAGCAAAUCACUGGCAUCAACGUCAUCAUGUUCUAUGCUCCCGUUCUCUUCAAGACUUUGGGCUUCGGAGACAAAGCAUCCCUCAUGUCUGCAGCUAUAACUGGCGUCGUUAUUGUUCUUGGGACUUUUGUUUCCGUUGCUACGGUUGAUAAGUUCGGGAGGAAAGCUCUCUUCAUUGAAGGCGGCGUUCAGAUGAUCAUUUGCCAGGUAUCCGCUGGACAUCAUUGAUUGUAUCCUUCCUUCCUUCCCACCUAUAAAUGGUGAUAGAAAAGAUAAAAGACGAUGGACAGUCUGUUAGUUGUUCAUUAUUGUCAUUGCAGAUUGC